AUGGCAUCGCAACGUAUCGCAUUUAAAGUAUCUGGCACGGUCCAAGGCAAGUUCACGAGUGGGAUUCCGGUAACUACACCCUGCCUUCCGCACGCUAUAGAUGCACUUCUCGCUAAACAUGCCGCAAUCUACAGGGACUUUACUCAGAAGAGAGCCACCGCAUAUGAUGUAAAAGGCUGGGUGAAGAACACACAUUGUGGAAGGGUAGAAGGAGAAGCCCAAGGAACCGAAGAGUCUCUACAGAAGUUCCUGAAAGACAUCAACAAUGGACCCCGCCAUGCACAUGUCGUCAAGCUAGAGAAGAAGGAAAUUGCACCCAAAGAUGGCGAGGUAGAAUUCGGCUUCAUGAAGACUUCCGAGUCGGGGUAUGAGGCUAUGCAGUGAUAUAAUAUCUUUC